AUGUUUCCACCUAUCUUAUCUCUUGACAUCUGCUUCCUUAUUGCCUUGUCCUCCUUGGGAUCUCCUGGCUAUGGUGUCAACAUAAUUAGAGCUGAAAUCCCGGCCGUGCCAGGUGGGGAAACAAGCCCAGGAACCAACAUCCAGGAGCCGUUUGGCUGGCUGGACUGUCCGGUGCGGAUACUGAAAUGCCUUGUGAAGGGCAGCAGCCUGGGAGCGAGAGCAGACGUGGCAAAGUUAUCAGGACUAGCAUUCGCAUCUGUAUGUGCUUGGUAUUUGGGAUACCUAUUUGCAGAUAUCGUUCCUGAAGAUUCGCUAUCAUCAGCUAUUGAAAAUCUUCAGAACAUUGGAGAGAAACCAGUAAUUAAGCCCCCACCUCCUAAACGACAGAAAUGUGACCAUUGGUCUCCAUGUUCACCUGGGAGCUAUGCUUAUCGAUUACUUAGUGGUGGUGGCAAGGAAAAAAUGGCCAAGAUUUGUUUUGAAGAUGAGAUGCUCAUAAGUGAACAGAAGGGUAAUGUUGGACGAGGUAUAAACAUUGCCAUUGUGAAUUUUAAAACAGGAAAAGUAAUAUCUACAGAGUUUUUUGACAUGUGGGAAGGAGAAUUCUCUGGACCCAUGACUACUUUCAUUAAAAAUGCACCUCAAGGGUCACUCCUUUUGAUGGUGACCCAUGAUGAUGGAAGCAGCAGAUUAAAGGAUGAUGCGAAAAAAGCAAUAGCAGAACUUGGGAGUAAAGAAAUAUGGAACAUAAAGUUCAGGUCAAGCUGGGUCUUUAUAGCUGCCAAAGGUUUCAAGCUACCAGAUUAUAUUCAAAGAGAAAGGAUCAAUCAUUCUGACAAUAGCAAGAACAGAUAUAAUGGCUGGCCAGCUGAAAUCCAGAUAGAAGGUUGUAUCCCAACUAACCUGAUCUGAUCUUACAUUUUGCUACUAAAGUUGUGUACAUUAUUUUUAUAUAUGGAUGAGUCAUAAAACCGAUACACAUUUAAAUAACUGCUGUAAACUAAUAAAGUCAUGUGUACUAUUUUAA